AUGGAUCUCUACACGAUCAACGUGCUGCGCGACCUGGACGGCGACGAGGUGCCGGAGCUGAUAGCUGCGCAUCUCGAGGAGCGCGAGGAGUCYAAGGCGGGCCACAUCAAGCUCAUCUCCGGCAAGACGGGCAAGGUGCUGCGCAGCAUACCCACGCCGCACCGCGAGGAGAUGUUCGUGCCCAUCCAGCUGCUGACCCGCGCCGACGGCACYGAGCURCUGCUCAUGCUKACCGGSGGCCAGAACACGGCUGGUGGCAUCUACAGUCUCCGGCUGCUCACRCUGAUGGCGCACACGAGCGAGAAGCACUUCACUCCACUGUAUCAGCAGUCCAGGUCUGGCUUGAUGGUGCCCGCCGUGCUGACCGACCUCAAUGGCGAUGGCAUCACCGACGUGGUCGUCGCCGCCUUCAACAGCAGCGUCUUUGCCUUCGACGGCAAAAACUAUAGCCAACUCUGGAACUACACGUUCCCGGCCAGCGAGUGCGUCAGCGCCAUUGUGCCGGGCCACUUUGAUCGGGACAAUGUGACCGACUUCAUGGUCAAAUACAAUACGGGUCCGGGCUUCCCCGUCUACUACUACUCGCAGACCACAAUUCUGGACGGGCGCACCGGGCAGCCGCUGCUCGAUGCCAUGAUGACGGACGCGGGCGGCGCCAGUAGCCUGCUGGGCGGCGUGUCCAUUUCGCAGAGCUUUGGUGGUGACUUCUUCCUGCACUGGCAGCUGCAGUGCCGCAACAGACCCAAUGCRCGRGAUGCCUACGAGUUUGUGCCGGACAGCGACAUCAUCUUGCAGGCACGGGCGGACACCUGCCGGCUGCGCUACAACGAAUCGACGGUGCUCAAGCUCUAUGCGAUCGCGCGGCACAUUGAGCCGCCGGGCGCGGUGCUGUUCAGCACAGAUGAUCUGGAGGUGCAGCUGAAUCGCACACAGAGGCCGUCGCCAACGGGCAAACAGUCGCCGCUGAAGCAUCCCAAGCUGCUCAAGAAGCUGCUGGCCAAUCGGGAACAGUUGCUCAGGCAGGCAGCCGCAGCUGAUGCAGCGGAGGAGCUGCAGUCGCAGGCUCAGUCUGGUGCGGGUGCG